GCAGCCGGCAGGGUCAGUGUCCACCACUCGGACUCCGGGGUCCAGGACCGCGCCAUCCCGGAUAGGGGCCCCUGACCUCGGCGCCCCCCGGAUGCGCCCCGAGCUGUGACUCCCCUGCACCCUUCCCUGCCCCCCUCCCCGCCCCAUGGACCCCCCUCCCAGACCCCCUCGGCCUCAGACGCCUCCGUUCCUGUUCCCGCUCUUGGGUCUGGGGUUGACCCUGCUGGCUCCCUCGGAAGGGACGAAGAUGAAAAUACACAUGGGGCGCUCCCUGGUAGAGGCGGUGGAGGGUCAGGGGGCGGUGCUCCCCGCCUGGUACACCCUGAGCGGCGGCCCGGCCCCCGGUGGGGAGGAAGUGCCUGUAGUCAUCUGGUUCCUCCAGCGCCCGGACAACGGUUCCUUGCAGCUGCUGACCUACAUUAACAAGGUGUUGACCCCCUUCGACGCCCGCGUCUCGCUGGCCCACCCCAUGCCCUCCCGAAACGUGUCCUUGAAACUGAAAGACCUGCAGGAGUAUGACUCGGGGGAGUACGGCUGCUCCGUCAACCUGCCAGGGGUCGAGGCGCUGAAGGGAAUCAGCACCCUGAAACUCAACGUGCGGGUGCCCCCGACCUCGCCCUCGUGCCAACUCCUUAGCACCCCCCGCUUGGGCACCAACGUGACUCUGAACUGCUCGUCGUCCAGAAGCAAACCAAGCCCUUCUUACCAAUGGGAGCGCACCCCACCGGCUCACCAAGUCUUCUUCCCGCCUGCCCAAGACCCUACCCACGGCUCCCUGACCCUCACCAACCUCACUGCUGCCAUGUCCGGAGUCUACGUCUGCACUGCAUCCAACCAGGUGGGCAGUGCCCGGUGUAACUUGACGCUGGAGGUCAUCCCAGAGCCGGGGGUGGCCAUGGUGACCGGCGCCGUUGUGGGUACGGCCAUCGGGCUGGGUCUGCUGGCCGGACUGGCCCUCCUGUAUGGACGGCGGAAGAAGGGUCAGGACGAGCAGGCCAAUGACAUCAAGGAGGAUGCGUCAGCGCCACGGACACUGCCCUGGCCCAAGGGCUCGGACACGCUGUCCAAGAAUGGGACCCUGUCGUCCGUGACCUCCGCCCGCGCCCUCCGGCCUCCCCACGGACCCGCCGCCCCCCGACCCGGCGCGUUCACCCCCACGCCCAGUCUCUCCAGCCAAGCCCUGAUGCCCCCCAGGCCACCCAGGACAGUCGGGGCACGGUCCCCGCCGGUGACCCCCGCCUCUCCCCCGGCCCAGGCCCCCGCCCCGGCUGCGGCCCCCGCCCCUGCCCCAACCCCAGCCUCCGCCCUUCCCGGCAUGGGCGCCGUGGCCGUCAUUGUGCCCACCCAAAGCCAGGCGGGCUCCUUGGUGUGACCCUCCCUUCCAGCCCCGCUGCCCCUCUCCCCCAGGAAAGGGGUCGCCAGGGGUCAGUAGGGGUCAGCAGCGGGGGCCCGGGGGCUCCGUGGGGCUGAAGCUGAAACGCCGCUGGGAUGGAAAGAGCAGGGCUGGGGGCUGACCCACGGCCGGCGAGCCCACCCUCACUGGUCUCCCACUCCCUUCCCGCCCUUUCCUGUUGGCUUGGGGCCCUGGUGUUUCUCGGUUGUGGGUAGCCGGGCAAGUGGUGAGGGGUGGUUUAUGUAUAAAAUUGAAUUGUUUUUUUUUUUGGUAAAAGUCAAUAAAGACACGAGUCGGGUUUGUAUGGCAAGUGAUA